UGAUAGCAGAACAUAACCACACACGAGGGAGUGAGGGACCAACAAUGAGUUCACUGAAUUUUGGUACAUGGCCAAGUCCCACUUGUUUGUUAAACCAAGGUGGAAGAAAUCCCCCAACUCCCAAUUCCAUUUUUCACAGCCUCAGAAGGAUUCCAAUUCCCUCCAUUACCAAUGAACUGGGAAGAAAAUCAAUUUCUUCGUCUUCUUCUAUUUCUUCUUCCCCUCUAGUCAUCUCUGCAGUGGCUACUAACUUAGACAUACUCACAGUCGAAGAACUCAAAUCCACACCCAAGUUCAACUUCGAAGCCUACAUGCUCCAAAAGGCCCACACAAUCAACAAGGCAUUGGACGCAGCAAUUCCCCUGAAGGAGCCAGAGAAGAUCCACCAAGCCAUGCGAUACUCCCUCCUCGCCGGCGGCAAGCGCGUCCGGCCGGUGCUAUGCAUCGCCGCCUGCGAGCUCGUCGGCGGGGAUGAGCAAACCGCCAUGCCCGCUGCCUGUGCCGUGGAGAUAAUCCAUACCAUGUCACUCAUCCACGAUGACCUCCCCUGCAUGGACAACGACGAUCUCCGGCGAGGGAGGCCCACCAACCACAAGGCCUUCGGCGAGAACUUCGCAGUCCUCGCCGGCGACGCGCUCCUCGCCUUCGCCUUCGAGCACUUAACGUGCUCGAAGGUGGCGCCGGGAAGGGUGGUUCGCGCGGUUGCUGAGCUAGCAAAAUCGGUCGGAGGAGAAGGGUUAGUUGCAGGGCAAACUGUGGAUAUUGACUCGGAAGGUGUGUCGGAUGUGGGACUAGAGAGGCUUGAAUACAUUCACGUGCACAAAACCGCGGUGCUGUUGGAGGCUUCGGUUGUGUUGGGAGCAAUCAUGGGUGGUGGUUCCGACGAGGAAGUUGAAAGGUUGAGGAAGUUUGCGAGGUGCAUUGGGUUGUUGUUUCAGGUGGUGGAUGACAUUCUUGAUGUGACCAAAUCGUCUGAGGAACUGGGGAAGACAGCAGGGAAGGACUUGGUGGCUGAUAAGGUCACAUACCCUAAACUUUUAGGGAUUGAAAAAUCGAAGGAAUUUGCUGCAAAAUUGAACAAGGAAGCACACAAGCAACUCGCAGGGUUUGAUCCGGAAAAGGCUGCUCCUUUGUUAGCUUUAGCUAAUUACAUUGCUCACAGGCAAAACUAGAUGCUGUUCUUUGUUUGAAUACGAUAAUACCAAUAAUAAAUUGGUGGGUUUGUGAAAUUUACACAAAUAAUCUAGAACUGGGGACCCAUCAUACAUUUUUCUUUUUAGCUCUGUUUCUUUAGUCUUCAAUUGUUUAAGGUGUAAUCUGCCGUGAAGUUGUAAUAAAAUAAAUAUCCUAUAGUUGUUUGGUAA